GGGCAGGCCGUGUUCCUCAGGCUGAGGUUAGAAGAGUGGAGCUGGCUUUGGCAGAGUUCGAAGGCAGCCCGCAGCGCCGGGUAGGCAGGGCUCAGGAGGAGGCGUGGCCACUUCACAGUGGCUGUGGGGCGUGGCCUCCAAAGAGUGGAUCCCUGGCUGGGCGGGCCCGUAGCGGGCGGUGCUUCUUUAAGCCGGGAGUCACCGCAUUGCCUCCUGCCUAGGUCUAGCUGGCGGCGAGGCCGGGGCUGCGGGAUCUGCGAUGGAACUUCACAUCCUAGAGCACCGGGUGCGAGUACUGAGCCUCGCCCGUCCCGGCCUCUGGCUCUACACCCACCCGCUCAUCAAGCUGCUCUUCCUGCCCCGUCGCAGCCGGUGCAAGUUCUUCAGCCUGACUGAGACUCCGGAAGACUACACACUCAUGGUGGAUGAGGAGGGCUUUAAAGAGCUACCCCCAUCCGAGUUCCUGCAAGUGGCCGAGGCCACGUGGCUGGUGAUGAACGUAUCUCACAGCGGCUCGGUGGUGCAGGCUGCCGGAGUAACCAAGAUCGCCCGGUCUGUGAUUGCCCCGCUGGCUGAGCAUCAUGUGUCUGUUCUGAUGUUGUCCACAUACCAGACAGACUUCAUCCUGGUACGGGAGCAGGACCUGUCUGUGGUGAUCCACACACUGGCCCAGGAGUUCCAAAUCUACCGCGAAGUAGGCGGGGAGCCUGUGCCUGUUACUGAGGACGAUUCCAGCAAUGGCUUUCCCCAAACCCAGCAUGGGCCCAGUCCCACCGUGCAUCCCAUUCAGAGCCCGCAGAACCGCUUUUGUGUCCUCACACUGGACCCUGAGACACUGCCGGCUGUCGCCACCACCCUCAUUGAUGUCCUUUUCUACUCACACAGUGUCCCCAAAGAGGCAGCCUCAGGUGAUUCUGAGUCAACUUCCAUUCCGUUCUUCGCUUUCUCCCUCAUUGAGGGUUACAUCUCCAUUGUCAUGGAUGCAGAGACCCAGAAAAAGUUCCCCAGUGACCUCCUGCUGACCAGUUCUUCUGGGGAGCUAUGGAGGAUGGUGCGCAUCGGGGGACAGCCCCUAGGCUUCGAUGAAUGCGGGAUUGUGGCCCAGAUAGCGGGUCCCCUGGCGGCUGUUGACAUCUCUGCAUAUUACAUCAGCACUUUCAACUUUGACCAUGCACUGGUUCCUGAAGGCGAGAUCGGCUGUGUCAUUGAUAUUCUCCAGCGAAGGCAAGAAGGCCUGGCUUCCAAAGAUCCCUAGGGAACACCAGACUCCCAGCAUUCCCUUACCCCCCGGGGCUUUCAGAGACUUUUCUGAGCUAUAUCCUGAAGCUUCAGAAUGAGCCCCUGAUCUCGCCAAGGGUUCUGCUGUCUAUAUGUAAGCGUCAUGGAGCUGGAACUCAUGGACAUAUCUGCCCAUGGAAGACACCUCGGUGCUUGGGGCUUAGACCCCCAACCCAACACUCUCUAUGUGACCUCAGUGAUGCGCAGUGCCUGCCUGCGGUUCGAGCUGCCUCUCACCUGGCUAAGGCUCCAGUCCCCUGGGCCAGGUUCUGACCUCCAGCCUGGGUUGCCUUCUUGGCCGUCUGAGUUCCAAUGGUGCGCUUCCUUCUCGGGGCUCCAAAGGAAGAAUCACAUCUCACUUUUAUUUUCCUGACUGUUUAAAUAAAUAAAAGACUUGCGGAGCUGUGCUCUCUGGUUCUGAGUGACAGCCAGUGUCAGGUCUCGGGCUCUCCCAGACUUGUCCCCGCUCCUUUUCUUUUCAAGCAGUAUGUAUGUAUGUGACAAAUGAGGAACCGGAGCC